AAGCUGCGGCUGCGUAGUGGAGGAGUUUCUGCGCAACAUUGUGUGCCUAACACCCUGAAUUUAGCUGAAAGAUCUAUCGCACUUGGCAUGUCCGACUCCCGUUCAAUAGCUCGCCUUUGUGGAAAGAAUGAAUUCUAAAGGAACCUUUGCUGUUGUGCUCAUCUUUUGCUGCGAAGCCUUAAAUGUGAAAUGUUCCGAGGAUGAAGAACGCCUUGUGCGCGACCUCUUCAGGGAUUACAAUAAACUUAUUAGGCCAGUGGAAGCAACAAACAAAACAGUAGAAGUGCGAUUUGGGCUAUCUUUCAUCCAGCUUAUAAACGUGAACGAAAAGAACCAGAUAAUGACAUCCAAUGUCUGGCUGCAGCUGUCCUGGGAUGAUUACCAGCUUCGUUGGGAUGAAGCAGACUACGGAGGAAUAAAUGUACUACGAUUACCCCCAGAUAAAGUCUGGAAACCAGAUAUAGUGCUCUUCAACAACGCUGACGGUAAUUACGAAGUCCGGUACAAAUCGAACGUGCUAAUCUACCCUAGUGGAAUGGUGAUGUGGGUGCCACCUGCCAUCUAUCAAAGCUCCUGUACAAUUGACGUUACCUACUUCCCCUUCGACCAACAAAAAUGUGUCAUGAAGUUUGGGUCAUGGACUUUCAACGGUGAUCAAGUGUCCUUAAAAUUGUACGAUGACAAUCACUGGGUUGAUUUGUCGGCUUAUUGGAAAAGUGGGACUUGGGACAUUGUGGAAGUUCCAGCCUUUCUCAAUGUGUACAAUAAUUCGAAAGAAGGAAAACCCACAGAAACUGAUAUUUCAUUUUAUAUUACAAUUAGACGGAAAACACUCUUCUACACAAUCAAUCUGAUUUUACCAACUGUUUUAAUUUCGUUCCUGUGUAUCCUUGUAUUUUACCUUCCGGCCGAAGCAGGAGAAAAAGUUACUUUGGGUAUAUCUAUUCUCUUGUCCCUAGUAGUGUUCUUAUUGCUGGUUUCAAAAAUCCUGCCUCCAACUUCUCUGGUUCUUCCACUUAUUGCAAAGUAUCUUCUCUUCACUUUCCUCAUGAAUACGGGAUCAAUUCUGGCUACAGUAAUUAUCAUUAAUUGGAACUUCCGCGGGCCAAGGACCCAUAGAAUGCCGAAUUGGAUUCGCAUAGCAUUCUUAAAAUACUUACCAAUUCUCCUCUUCAUGAAGAGGCCGAAGAAAACUAGGCUAAGGUGGAUGAUGGAAAUGCCUGGGUAUGGUGUCCAUCACCAUUAUCAUGGGUCAUCAGACACAAAGCCACGAAAUGUAAAAAAUAAAAUGGAAUUAGUUGAGCUUACAGAUAUCCACCAUCCUAAUUGUACAGUUACAAGGAAGUCUUCUGUAGAAAUGGAGGUCAAACUGAAAGAGAGCGAAACAACAGACAUGUUGUUUUUAACUCCGGAAGCUUAUCGAGCUACGGAGGCCGUUGAAUUCAUCGCAGAGCAUCUACGAAGCGAAGACGAAUACGUUCAGAUUCGAGAAGAUUGGAAGUAUGUUGCCAUGGUGAUUGAUCGGCUUCAGUUGUACAUAUUUUUUGCUGUGACCGCGUCAGGUACAAUAGGAAUUCUUUUAGACGCACCCCAUAUUUUCCAGUGCGUAGACCAAGACAAGAUUAUUCAAAUUCACACAGGAAAACCGGCGUGAAACGUGCGAUUUCUGAAAAACAACCAAAUCUAACAAUUGUAUUCAAUUUGCUCCUUUGAUUGAAAGGGAAAAACUCAAUGAACCGCAAAAACUGGGAAGAAAAAAACGACAAAAGAAAUUGACCUUUGACAUCGAUAUUGUUCCAGAUUCCUGUGCGCGAUAAUAACCGUGGACACUACUGUCAUUGAACCAGACUAGCAUGUAUUUCUUCCUGCCUAUCUUCCACAGAUAUUAGCAACUAGGUCUUCCCUCCUAACACUAACAUCGUUUUUUUUUUUUGUUUAUUUAGCAAAGCAGGUCUCAACAUUACUAUAAAAGGAUGCAAAGAAAAGGUAUCCAUAGGUAAUCUGAAGGUCUUGAACAUCAACAAAAUGUAGAAGUCCCUGUGAUCGCUUACUGAAUUUUAAAAAGUAUUGGGUUUGUUGUAAAAUCAAACCUUUUCCUGUUUUGUAAUUUGAAUUCCCCUUAUAACCAGUUCGUGUCUCAAUAUAAUUAUAUGUGUUCCUAAACCAGACAGGUUAAGAGUGUUUCAACACAACAAAAUUGAGUUUCGUAUGUUUUCGAUCUGUUGUCGAAGAAUUAUCGUCAAGAAUUCCUUGUUGUCUCCAAGGCUUCUCCCUGAACGUAACCAAAGCCUUCACAAACUAGAACUCGAUACACCGAAUGGUGUAAUAGCCGCAUUGUUAAUAAAACACAUUUCCUACUGCUCAAACGGAAAUAUCAAAUUGAAUGUGAGGAAAAUGUGCUAUCGUUAGUCUUUUAUCAUUUUCAAAUCGAUGUGGAAUAACGCAAUCCGACCCUGACAAAAUAAGCAUCUUGUUAUUGCGCAGAGUCUUUGAUAGUUAACAUGAAUGGAUUUAACAAUAGGUUAUAUCGUUUAACAAAUUACUUGGAACUCGUUUUAAAAGAUGUGUAAGCUCUGAAGUAGUUAUAGUAAUACUGUGUAUAUCAAUUAACCCGAAUAGAUGUUUUCCAAGUUUUUAUUUCAGAGCCUUCUCGACUAGAAUUAUAGGAAAAUAUUACGUCAUCAUUUUACCACAAGCAAAGGAUAAUAAUGGUUAACUUACGUUUAAAAAUAUAAAAAAACAGUAAAAUAAAAAAAAGGCUUGUUGAACGUCUGACUUUUGUAUCUUUGAAGUUUUAUAUGGAGGACACAACUUAAAAGGGCAAGAAAAAACUGAUUAGAUAGUUUAAUUAAUAAACUUUCAUAACUAUUGCUUACUGUAUUGUUUCCAACACCUUGCAGUAUUAACGCUAUAAACAUCGAAAAAAAACAUUAAGUAACUUACUAUGGUUUUAGUUUAUGACUGGUGCACACAACCAGGAAAAAUCUGACUAUUAUAGUGUAUUUUAAACCAACUAAGAAGCUGUUAAGUCCCGAUACAUUCAAUUUUAAGUAAAAUUGUUUCUCUGGAAGGUA